UUAAUAAUUCAUUUAUGUGGAUAGUGGCAUAGAAUUUAGCAUUGCGUUACGGUAAAUAUUAUUCCUUCUAAGUGGAAGUAGUUGUGUUUUUUUAUAUUAUACCCAAUUCCAUUUGUUAUGGAGUAUUUACAAAUGUCAUGUGUAACACAAUUAUGGGGUUAUGUGGAAAUAUUGGAAACUAUUUAAGAGGUGGAGCGCAGGGAACCGUUGAGGAUUUCAGAUUGAACCAGUAUGGCUAUGAAAUACAUAAUAAAGUUAUUGGAAGUGGUUCUUUCAGUCAAAUAAAAAGAGCGACUAAAAAUGGAGAACCUGUUGCUGUGAAGAUAAUAGAUCGAGAUAAACAUCCUGAAAUAUUUGAAGAAAAGUACGUAUUCCGAGAAAUUAGCAUACUGAGAAAGAUACGACACAAAAACAUCGUCGAGAUACUUGAAAUAGUGGAAUAUUCUCCAAAAGUUUUUAUCUUUAUGGAACUGAUCGAUGGACCAAAUCUACGGGAAUAUAUAUGUGACAAUGGGCUAAUGGAGGAAGAUAUGGUAAGAAAAUUUUUCCAGCAACUUGUCGACGUUUUUGAAUAUUUGCACAAGAAAGGUAUUUCUCACAGAGAUUUAAAACCAGAAAAUGUUAUGAUUCAUCAAGAAGUUGAGGUUAAAGUAAUUGAUUUUGGAUUCUCUGUACAACAGGGUGCGUCUGAAGACAUGAGUUUGACGAACUGGGGUCGAUCACCUUACACAGCACCCGAAGUCUCACAAAGCACCUAUGAUCCUUUGGCUUUUGACAUUUGGAGUUUAGGUGGUGUUCUUUUCUUCAUGGCGGCUGGUGAGGCACCUUUUUUAUCCUCAUCAUCUGAAACACUGAUUCAGGAACAAAGAUCAAAGGCAAUAUCUUAUCCUUCGACUUGCAAGCUUAGCACAACCCUUAAGGAAUUGAUAAAUGGCAUGUUGGAACCGAAUGUCAUAGAAAGAUUAACAAUAGACGAAAUAAGUAGAAGUGAUUGGGUGCGAAAAAAUGAAUCAGUGAGUUCUAUAUCAUCGGAAGAAACUGAUAUAGUGCAAGAUAUAGCUGAAAUGAAAUUUGAGCUCCAAGAAUCGUAAUUGUAGCUAACUGAAAUGUUAGCUCUGUUUCUAUAUUUUUAUUGUAUUAAAUUAUUAUUUCUGUCAAAACACCGAAUAAGAAGUAUACAUUAAAUCAAUCAUUUGAAUAUCCACCAUGUUUGGACAGGUUUUGUAUUAAAUAAAUAAUUGCUUUAUAA